AUGCGCUUUUGUACAAAACGCGCGUUUAAACUAUCCCCGGUAACGGUAACGCUGACAGCAAUGAGGUCCCACGAAGACCACGAAUGCAAAAUUUCUGAUCGCGUCUAUGCGAGUUCCAAAAUUAUGCUCGAACUAACUGGUUUCCAAUGGCUCUUCGUGCGUUCGGCACCGGAUCAUUACUCCCACUAG